GCUUACUUGCUUUCUCUCUCGCAAGCGCUACACAGAUAGAGAGAGAGAGAGAGAGAGAGAGAGAGAGAGAGAGAGAGAGAGAGAGAGAGAGAGAGAGAGAGAGAGAGAGAGAGAGAGAAUAUUGGGGAAGAGGGAUGGGGCAAUGGAGAGGGAUAUUUGGGUCGAUGGUGGGGGGGAUCAUCAUUCUACUGUCGAUCUGCUGCCUGACGAUGCUGGGUAGCGGAGGGGUGCAUUUCCGGAGGACGGGGCAGUUGAGCGACGGCGGUACGAUUCCCGGGCUGGAGUUGGUGGGCAAAUCCUCGUCGAGAUUUAUCGCUUUCUCUGAAACGACGGGAACAUGGUUGGGAACCCGUACGGAGAGCGAGAGAGAGAGAGGGAGCAAGGCGUAUGAUGCUGAGCUUGAGCCACGUGGAGGUCGUGGAUUGGGGGGACUGGGAGGUGAGUUGAGGGCAGGUGCCACGUCAGCGAAGGUCCCGACAGAUGUCAUUGACAGGAUGUCGACGGGGAUCAGAUUGAGUUGGGAGUUGCUGACUAGGAUCCGGAUGCAGAAAUCAAAGCAUUCGUUGAUGUUGCUGCCACGUGGAUUGGAGCUUCCGCGUUGCGAUCCCGACUUGACAGAGGAUCUGGACGCUGUCCUGAAGGGAUCUGCAAGUUCCGACGACGAGGAGGAUCAGGAGGAGGAGGAGUGGGAGGGAGGAGGAGGAGGAGGAGGAGGAGGAGGAGGAGCUCCUCCUCACAACUCCAGCGGUGAGAGGAGCAGCAGCUCAAGGCGCUUCUUACGUGAUCGGGGUCCCGACGGCGAGGGCAUUGUGUUGUUCCCCAUAGAAGGAAGGGACAUCGGGCGAAGGAUGAAACUGGAUCUGGAAGCAGGAGGAGGAGGAGGAGGAGGAGGAGAAGGAGGAGGAGGAGAAGGAGGAGGAGGAGGGGAGAAUGGAGAACAGAGGAAGAUCGAUGCGGAGAGAACUAGGGUCGGGGCUAGAAAACUGAGGAUCCGUGGUGGUCGGCGACCGAGUAGUAACACCGGCUGUGUGCUUGUGCCACCUCGAGGGUACCGACGACCGGUCGCUUGGCCCAAUAGCCUGGAUGAGGUCUGGGCGACCAAUUUGCCGACGCUAAAGGGUGCGAACGUCCCGACGCAAGGAGACGGUGCCACGUCACCGAAUCAGACUCGCCACUUAGAGGAGCUGGCAGUCAUCAGAGUAGGGAGUAAAUUGGAGAUCAGAGGGAGGAAAAACUUUUCGGCGAAAUUUGAGAACAUCAUGCAUGAUCUUCAAGGAUUGAUUCUGUCUCUUAUACACAUCUAGAUGUGUAUAAGAGACAGCGCGUAACCCCUGCAAGUGGGACCUUGCCCCGGUGUAG